ACAUGGAACAUAGCAGUUAAGAGCAGAAGCAUCAUGGCUCAGCAAGUAUCUGCAGAAAUUUUGGAGUAUUCAUCACAUAGUGAGAAAGAAGAUGACACAGAGAAUGUCGUAUUCAUUGAUUCAGAAUCCCCUCACAAAUAUGAUGUGGAUUUGGGACAGGGUACAAGGCAGAUAAAUGACACAGCGAUCGACCCAAGGAUGAGAUCAACAGAACCCAUCUUGUGUACACCCCAGAAACAGACAGCCAAGCUUUCCAGGACUCCUGAAGAUUCAGCAAAGAAGAAAAAACUUUUAAGAGGCGGCCUAGCAGAAAGACUAAAUGGACUGCAAAAUCGAGAGAGAUCUGCUAUUUCUUUGUGGAGACAUCAGUGUGUUUCAUAUCAGAAGACUCUUUCAGGUAGAAAAUCUGGUAUAUUAAUUGUGAAAAUUCUAGAGCUACAUGAGGAAUGCACCAUGCAAGUUGCCAUGUGUGAGCAGUUAAUGGGUCCGCCAUCCCCUACCCCUCUCCAAGGUAUGAUCUCUGCACCAGGAGCCUAUCUGAGAGUUCUCUUUACGCGAGAGACUGCAGGCUACCUCUGUGGACGACUCCAGGACAUCAUCCUUAUUUUUCCUCCCUGGCAAAAACUUAUUAUCCCGAAUGGAAGUUGUCCUGUUAUUCUGAAUACUUAUUUUUGUCAGAAAUAUGUUGCCAAAGAAGACCCAGAAACAACUCAGGAAGUGUACAGGCAGGAUAUACACCUUCCAAGAAGAAAUAUCACUUUGGCUCAGAUGUUUAGAUUUAAGGACAUAACAGAUAAUUCACCUGAAAUCCAGGUUUUACAUAGUGGCCUGGCCUCCACAAGUACGGGCUGGAACCAUGGGCGUGAAGAGGCAAAGCAGCUCCUCAUAGCUGCCACUUCCUCAAAGGAUUCUCUCCUGGAUGUGGUGGAGUGCCAGGGAGCUGCCCCAUAUUCCAAAGUGGGGGUUCAAGUGGUAGUACAAAGAGUAUACUUCCUUCCUGGAAGAGACAGCACCCGAAGCCAGCAGGGGAACAACUCAGGGCAUGCAGACCAACCUGGAACUCGAGUCUGCCUUCUGGUGCAAGAUGCCUAUGGAAUCUUUGGCGAGGUGCACUUGGAGGGUACCAUCCGGAAGGACAGAGAACUGGAAGGGCACUCCUGCAGUCUGGCGGGCCUGAAGGUUCUACAGAAGGCCACCCGAGGAAGGACACCAGGGCUCUUCAGUUUGCUUGACACUGUCUGGCCCCCAGUGACGCCUGUUAAAGCCCCUGGCCAUAGCCAGCCCUGCACAGAGGUGAAAACUCACCUGCCUCGUCCUGCCUUCUGUUACAUCUUCUCAGCUCGGACUAGCCUGGAACACAUUGCUAUCAUUGAGGAAGACCGCAUUUCUAAGCUUUAUCAGCCUCCAGUUUUCCACUGCUUAAAAGAAGUUCUCCAGACUGACUACCUUGGUGCCCGGUGCAGUUUCUAUGCAAGAGUGCUUUAUCGAAGACCACAGCUGAAGAGUCUGUUUCUUUUGGAGCAAAGGGAGAUAUGGCUUCUUGUGACUGACAUCAGUCUGCAAACGAAGACUCAGAACAGCCCCCGCCUUCCCAGAACCCUGCCAGUCUGUGUGGCCCCCUCAUGUGUGCUAUGCCCGGAAGUUCUGGAAGCACUCACCAUGGCUGCGCCCUGCAGCAUCUUCUUCAGAGAUGCUCUCAGAGACGAAGGUCAGAUUGUUUGUGUUGAACGGACUGUCCUCUUGCUUCAAAAGCCCCUUUUGUGUGUGACCUCUGGUGCUGCCUCCUGUGAGCUAACUGGCCCUGUGGAACUGGAUGAACUGGACUCCCACACCCCUGUCAACUCCAUCUGUAGUGUGCAAGGCACUGUGGUCAGCAUGGAUGAGAGUACUGAAUUUUCUUGGCCUGUGUGUGACCAGUGUGGCAACAGGCAAUUGGAGCAAAGGCUGGAAGACAGAGGCACCUUUUCCUGUGGAGACUGUUCCCGGGUGGUCACAGCUCCUACUCUCAAGAGGCACCUGCAGAUCUUUCUGAACUGCCCUGCAAGGCCCCAGUGCAGUGUGAAGGUCAAGCUGCUGCAGAGCAGUAUUUCUUCACUGCUGAGGUUUGCCGCCUGCAAGGAUGGGAGUUAUGAUGUGAAGAGCGUCCUCGGAAAGGAGGUGGGGUUGUUCGGUUGUUUUGUCCAGUCCAUAACCACCCACCCAACUGGCUCUGUCGCGUUGGAGGAAAUUGAGCUUCUGGGCGCAGGAGCUCAGGAGGAACGCCCGCCCUGGCCCGUGGACCUGUGAACUUUGUAAGGGUGACAGUGGGGCCUGUCGGGGUAGUUAUUUGUUAACUAUGGACAGAGCAAGUAGAGUUUACGAUCUUAAAAUAAAAGUUUAACUGUUCUGGGGCAAAUUUAAGAUGGUUUUGUGAAUUCUAAAUUAAAAUAUCUUUCCUAUUUUUUUUCAUUACCUUUUUAUAAGAUUCACAAGAUAGGAAACAUCUUUGUAAAGGUCAACUCGGCCUGGGUCUUUAUCUUAUAUUUGUUUUAGGCCUUAAUAUCAAUCUGAAAGAAUUACAUUGUACAGUUGUAGAUUUAAAGUUUUUUUUUUUUUUUUUUUAACAUGAUUCAUCUUUUCCUUGCAGUAUUUUAACCCCUCACCCCAAGAAUACUCUGGAAAACUUAAAGUCUUAUAUCCCACAUUGUGCUCAAUACAUGUGUAAGCUAAGCAUUUUGCAUUUCAGUAUUUUGGGGAAAUGUUCUGGAGAACUAUGGCAGAGGUCAAGCUGCCAUAAAGUGU